AUGGGGCCGGGGGCUGAGCUCCUCAGCUGCGGCACCAGGCAAUCAGGGCUGCAAAUUGGGAUCAGAUGUGGGCAGCUUCCCGCUCUAAAUGGAGCGCUCCGGGCGGCUGCCUGGGUUGGCUUUGCUCUGGCUGGGGAGGAGGAGGAAGAGGAGGGUUUCUGAGUGCUGCUGGGGCCCAGGGUGGCUGCAGGGACCCUCAGAGCGUGGUGCUCCCCUGGCAGAGCUGUGUUUUCCUUGGGCAGCCCCACUGCUGGGCUGGAGGGGGCUCUUGCCGGAGCGGGGGUGAUGCAGGAGUUGGUGGCUGGUGUGGAGAAGAUCAGGUUUGACCUGGAGGCUGAUGUGGAGCAGCAGCAAGGAGCUCGGCCCCUGCCCUUCCCGGGGGUGGACAGCGUGCAGGGCCCCUCCCGGCGCGGCGGCGGGGCCAAGCCCGCGGUGUGCAGGCACUGGCUGCGGGGGCUCUGCAAGAGGGGCGACGGCUGCGACUUCCUGCACGGGCACGACGCCGCCGGGAUGCCCGAGUGCUGUUUCUACUCCAAGUUUGGCGAGUGCAGCAACAAGGACUGUCCUUUCCUGCACGCCGAUGCCACCCCCAGCACCGUGGGCUGUCCCUGGUACGACCGCGGGUUCUGCAGGCACGGUCCCCGGUGCAAGUACAAGCACACGAGGAGGGUGAUGUGUGCCAACUACCUGGUGGGGUUCUGCCCAGAGGGACCCAAGUGCAAGUUCGUGCACCUCAAGGCCGGGCUGAGGACGAGCAGCACGGAUCCAUCCAAGGUGAAGCCCUUUCCUCUGCACAUUGGGGUGAUGCUCCAGCUGCCCCACAGCUCUCGAAACUGGCUGUCCAUGGGGGCUGGUACAGCGGGAUCUGGCUGCUGGUGA